AAAUAGUAGAAAAUGACGGAAAACACAGAAUCAACACGUCACAAGUUGUGAGCGCAAAGGAAAUGAUAUCUGUGGUCUUUGGUCUCUGCAGAGACAAUUGAUCUGUCAUGAGGAAAUUAUGACGAUGAUGAUGGGUAACAAGCUGCCAUGGCAGAUGGGGAUCUGGCGACGAAGGAGAGGCGGAUGACAUGUUAGCAGGGGACGUGUAAGAGGAAGGACUAGAUUCACAAGGUGGAUGUCUGAGUGAAAUUAAAGGGAAAAAGGAUGGGAACUUUUGUGACCCUGGCAGAGGUGCUAGAGGCCAGGGGUUCACCACUAGAUGAGGUUGAAGUCUGGUGUCUGCUGCUUGUAACCACUGAGGCCUUACUGGAUGUUUCCAAGAAAGGUUCUGGCAACAUGUGCAGUGUGCUCAGCCCAGGCUCGGUGCUGCUGUCCGCUAAUGGGAAUAUGGCCUUUAAGAGCUGUGGGCGAAAUGAUGAUGUGGCCUCCUUCGUGGCUCCUGAAGUUCUUCAGGAUCACACUGCCUCCACAAGAACCACAGCUGAAAAGACACUUGUGUACUCACUGGGCAUGACUUUUUACUGGUGCGUGGAUUAUCAGCUACCUCAAAACCAGCCUGUCCAGCUUAGUGCAGAGCUGGAGGGUUUACUCUUGAGCAUGUGCGAGGACACGGUAUUGAGGCGGAUGGACCUGAUGACAGUACUCGAGACCUGCGAGCUUCACCGCAAGACCUUCAUGCUUCCUCCAGCCGAGCGGCUUGUCAAGGAUCUGGUGGAAGACAGCUACAGAAACCCGGUUGAUCCUGUGCCAGUGACAGAAAAUGGAUCCCUGCUGAAUGAUCGCAGUCAGGUCAUCAGAGACAAAUUACACAGGCGGUCUUUUUGUAACUCGACAUGGGUAACAAAAAAAAAGAUCUCCAGAACAUUCUCAGGAGCAUCAUACACACCUGAGUCCACAGGGAUCCCCUCGGGAUGUCGACGCACUGAGAGUAACGGGAGCUGGCAGCAGUUCAAUCGCACCGUCUGUAGCCCAUACCUGGAUGGCGGUCGACAUGCUAACUCUAGAUUUCUCGCACAGUUUGAGUCGACAAUGAGUCUGAAUGAGAAGAAAAUGAAGGACAUGGGUCCAGAAUUUAUUAGAAUGUCGGAUGAGCCGGUGGUUGUUUUAGAGCUGCCUGGAUCCAUUUUGUCAAAAAAAGGGAAAUCUCCUACCACGCAGAGAGAGCUGACUGUGCUGAUGCCAAACGGUCAGACCAUAGCCAUCAAAUGUGAGGUGAAAUCCAGAGGCGGAGACGUGUUUGAUAUGAUUGUCGCUCACGCCAACCUGGUGGAGCACUUUUACUUUGGCCUUGCUUACAUUGAUGAUAACGAGUUUUUCUUUGUGGACAACGAUACCAAGAUUUCCAAAGUUGCUCCGGAUACCUGGAAGAAAGUGCCUUCAACCACCUUUGUCCUUUUCUUCAGGGUCAAAUUCUUUGUCAAUGACAUUUCGACAAUUUUGCACAAGCAGACCCACCACCAGUACUACCUCCAACUUAGAAAAGACCUCUUGGAUGACAGAUUGUCCUGCCAUGAGGAGACUUCUCUGUACCUCGGAGCUCUAGCCUUGCAAACAGAGUACGGAGACUGCAUGCCUGAGGUGUAUGGUAGAAACUACUGUCGCCCUGAUCAAUAUGUCCCCAAAAGUGUGAUAGAGAAACGUGCCUUGCCUUAUAUUCUUGGAGAACUGCAACGGCUCCAUACUAACAAUGCCCAGAUGCUCUCAGAUGAGUCAGAACUUGAGUUUCUCAAGACUUUGGUACCGAUCAUGCAGGUGUGUCUGCAGCUGCCUGAAUAUGGUGUCUUGUUCCACCGUGUUACACGUGAAAAAAAGCCUGUAGAAGCAGAAAUUAUUCUUGGAGUUUGUGCCAAAGGCGUUAUUGUCUAUGAGGUGAAAGAUGGCUGCCGAAGCACCAGACAGACAUUUCAUUGGAGGGAGACAGCAAGUAUCUCCUCCAAUAGGCAUAGAUUUGUAAUAGAGUGCCGGGCCAGUAAGAAGAAACACACCUUCAUCACAGAGACGUCAAAGAUAGCCAAAUACCUGUGUAACCUCUGUUCAUCCCAGCACAAGUUCAACAAUGAAAUGAAUUCUCGUCAGCUCAGUCACAUCAUGGUCUCAGAUGAGAAUACUCCUCAAUAUGCAACAGCUCGCCGGACUCAAAACAACCGGUUCAAGUCCAUCAUGGGUUCUGAGACGCCACAAGAUAACAGUGGUCUGACCACUCCUCAACACGAGUCCCUUACAAGGCUUUGUGAGGAUGUUGCUGCCAGGAUUGAGGCCCGCUUUAAACAGCAGCGUCAGGGCCUUUAUGAAAAAAGCACAUGCUCCAGCAGUCAGUGCGACAGCACUGGCAUAGGUUCUCCAGCACGUUCUCAGAGAAGUGCAUCCGAAGCCCCUUACAGCUCACCAGCAGCCAGAGAAACUCCAACUAAGCCAUCGUCAGAGAGAGAGGUCAUAUGCGUUUCUCUAAAGAAAGACCCGAAGCUUGGGCUCGGCAUCAUGAUUGUGGGAGAGGACACAGUGGGACGUUAUGACCUGGGCAUUUUUAUUGCAUCUGUAGUGCUUGGGGGACCUGCUGAUAAGGAUGGACGUAUACGACCAGGCGGUCGCCUGAUCUCUCUGAACCAUAUCAGCUUGGAGGGCGCCACUUUCAGCGAGGCAGCGGAGGUCAUGCAGAGCAGCCCGGAGGAGGUGCAGCUCAUUAUCUCCCAGCCAAAAGCCCCCCAAACUCCAAACACUAUGCGGCCUUCAGCGUUGAGGAAUUAUGAAUCGCAAACCACACUGAUGGCAUAUGGACAGUCAGGAAAUGACAGCUUGGAUGAGAUUGUUUCAGUCAUGAUGGAGCCAAAGACCAGCUACAGACUACAUCCUCCCCAAGAAGUCCGCAUCCUAAACGCGCAGGACGGCUGCUCCCUUUCUUCCUGUCUGAACUGUGUGAGGUCGGAGGAGAGCACUGUGAAGCUCAAGAAGGUAGCAGGAAGUCUGGGCAUCAGCAUCACUGGUGGUGUCAACACUAACGUUCCCAAUGGCGGAAUCUACAUCAAGAGGCUUGUUCCAGGAGGGUCCGCUGAGAGAGACGGGCGAAUACACGCAGGUGAUAGGAUAUUAGAGGUUGAUGGGAUCAGUUUUCAAGGUGUCACCUAUGAGCAGGCUGUGGAGUGUCUGUGCAAAACUGCGGAGAUGGUGACUUUGGCUGUGGAGAGUGUGCCCAUGAGCUUUCCCAGGGUUUCUCUGUGCACCUACACCGACACCAGUGAACCCAAUCAUAGCGUCGAUGGAGCUACGAGGCAGCUCAGGACCAACAGCUCCUCAUCCAUUAGCACACCUUCCCACAUAUUCUGUGACUGGCCAAGAGACUACAACUUUGUUACUGACGAAAAUACACAGGAAGUGACUCUGACUAGGAGCGCCAAAGGUCUGGGCUUCAGAUUCGUUAUGUGUGAGCUGGACCCGCCCGUUCCGGACUUUGGCAGCCUGAUCCUGAUAAAGCAGCUUUUCCCCGGCCAGCCGGCCCAAUUGAGUGGCAAGAUCAAUGAGGGAGAUGUGCUUUUGGCCAUCAACGGCCACUCACUCAAGGAGCUGUCUUAUCCAAACGUACUGAAGCUGUUCAAGACGUCAGCCCCUGAGGUCCGGUUGACUCUCUGUAGGCCUUCAACAGGGAUCCUUCCAUCCAUCCAACAGCUUACAGGAACAUGAGCAAGUCACGUGUCACACUGCAGCAACCAAGAACACGUGGAAGCACUGCUUUGCUUCCUGAUCAGACAGAACCGAGAUACGAAUAUUCUUCUGGUAAACGAGAGCAGCAUACUAAAGAACCAGAUGCACUGACUGCAGGUGAAACAUGGGUGUCAGUAGUUUGUUUGUGGAGAGCAGCAGCAAAGCAAAGGAUGAGUUGCAGCUUGAUCCUUUACCAGCUGACACUGGAUGUGCGCUACCCUGGACAAAUCAUCAUACACCGUAGAAAUAUGUAAUAGAAGGACAAUGAUCCAAGAAAAACAGACAGAAGAAUGUGGAGCUCUAAGGUUUCCACUGAAGUGUCCAUGCCCAAAUAAUAAACAUAAAAAAGCCUAUGAUACUCCAUCUUAUCAAAGUGGAGCAGUUCAAAGAAUGUAGUGGCCACCGUUCACUGCCCUCCCAGCUAUUUUCUUUAACAACUAGAUCAAGGCUUAAAAAAGGAAUCCAAGUGGUUCUUUUCCUCCUUUCCUUUGCAAUCUCUUUACCCUCCCUCCUCUUCACCCUUAACUCUUCCUCCCCAGGCCUCUCUUUAUCCUGUCUUUGACCUAAUGAAUCUCAGAGGAUGAGCAGGUAAACCAGCAGCUGUAAAUCUCACAACCGUAUCUGUCCAUCACUUCUCAUAAAAGCCCCAUUGUAGCUGGUCAAAAAUGUUAAACGCUUUGCGCUGGAAAUGUUUUUAUAAGUGGCACAGAUCCCAGUAAAUCAUUUCAUUUCAUUAAUUUUACAAAUCACCAUCCCGGGACCAUCAUUUCAAUCAACACUCAAAAUGGAUGAUUUAAAGCACGGCAUGCACAGACUAUUGCAAGAUGGAUUGGAAAUGGAAUCAAGGAACAAUCCAAGCAUUGAGGUUUGCUAGACAAGAUGUGCACAAUUUGACUUGAACUAUGGCUCAAAUGUGUCCUCACUUGUUAUUUAGUAACUGUAUUAUUCAGUUUUUACGAGACAAAUGAGGUUAAAUUGGUAAAACAACACUACUAAGUCUCCCAAACUGUUGCAUUAUAAAACUCGCGCAGACAAUAUCUGAUGAUUCAUAUAAAAGUCAAGUCUGAUCUACAGAUGUUUUGUAGUCUAACGGUGGACUCUCUUUAGCGUUGAUAGAUUAUCUCUCCCAUUCAGUUGACAGCUUAGCCAGUUAUUUUGGUGUGACUGUAGAUUUGUUCGCACGACUCCACUGGGAAGCUCACCAUCAACAAGACUCACUUGGAUGCUUUAUGUCGCCUCCAACUGUAAAAAGACGUGACAUUAACUAGUGUUUAUUUGUAUGGUUCUCAUAAAAUUUGUUUUUUAUACUAUACAAUAUUAUACUCAGUCAUGAACCUGAACUUUCACUGAAUGCUAACCGUAUCGAGAAUAAACAUGUUCAACUGGUUCAGAACUCUGUCAUAAAUAACUACAUUUCACGAAUGUUACACUUAUUUUGUUCCAACGACUUAAACACCAAACAUGAAAAUAAAACACAACUUAUUCAAUAACUAAAGGAUGACUCAGUAAUUUCAUGAAACAAAAUAGCAGACAAUUCUUGGUGAAUAAAAACCGUAGCAUGCUGCACAUUCAAAAUACGGAAAAAUAUAUAAUUCAGUUUAUUAACGGGAUUUGAAAGAAUAUCUAACUUGCCUUUGAUGUUUUUGACGGUCGUUUGUCAACUAUGAAUUCUGUGAAAUGUUUGAAAUGUAUGAGAUUUAUUGUGCGUGUGCUCGGUGGAUGCAAAAAUUUUGCAAUCAUGUAUAAAUGAGGACAUGUGAUCAACGUCAUCAGGAUUGAUGUAUAGUGUUGAGGGGGGGAAAAAAACACGAAUGCAGCGAAACACUGAAUACAGCGGUUGGAUCGCUGUUCAGGUUGCGCAAUCAAGCGUGUAGCUCAUUGAGUGAGGACUGCCGACAGACAGCCGGCGAUGGAUACACACAUACACCUAACAACUGGCCCAAAAGAGCAAUUUACCUCUGGUCAGAAAUGGUCAGAAAAGUGAUAGUGUUUCACCCAAGUCAUUUAUCACAUUAACCACAAUACAAAUGCAGGGAGAAGGGUUCGCAAUGGACUUACCAUGCAAGCUACUAGUUGGCCUAGCUGCUUCAAUUUGCACCACUGCUGCUGCUACUACUGCUGUUACUAGUGCUACCCCCUGAGUUUGCUGAAAAUUGAUGAAUUUAUCUGUUUAAUCCUAAUUCCACAUUUAUUUACACUUUUGUUAUGUUGUUUUUGUCAUAUUAGAUAUCUAUCUCUCAACACUGAAAACAUUUCUUUUGAAUUUGCUUAAUUUGAACGCACACCGGUUGUGCGUGCACGUGAUUAAUAAGGAGUAAACUGAUGUGAUUUACUUCUAUCUAUCUAUCUAUCUAUCUAUGGCACAGUUGUAUGCUUUUAUAUUUUGCUUUUGUAUUGUAUUGAUGGUUUCUAUAAUUGCAGUGUGACAGUGGUGGUAUUAGGAGGUGAAUUAUGUCGGCUAAAUCCCCGCUGAAGGCCCAGAUAGAUACCAAAUGCAUGACCCGCCUCAGCUAAUCCGACUACUAUUACUAAUACUACUACACGAAAACAUUUGGGAUGUACAGUGCAUGCAAUACGGAAUAUGCAAAGCCAGAAGAUGGCAGUGGAGAGCUGGUGCCCGGUGUCAAUAAUCCUACAUAUGUUCCAUCAAAUUUGAGCUGUUGCUUGAAAUACACCAGAGGGUGUAAAUGGGGGUGUACAGGACUUUGGAAGAGAAGUGUUUUUAAAGCUGCUCUUCAUGGGUAAAGAUGACUUUAUGAACACAUUUAUUCAAUCCAGCGAUUUAGAAAAAGACAAAUCAAUGCAUUACCAGUUUAGCCUAAAUGGAGCAUCGUUUGUGUGUUUGUUUAUGAUUAAGGGUCAACGCAUAAAAGCACUGCAGAUAUCCCACGGAGUUGUCUUGGCUGUGACUGGGGUAGACAGACCAUCAGAUUCCUCGACCGUAGCUGUGAUUGCAUAGAUGCAUGUGUGAGCAAUUCUGUGCACGUUUUUGCUGUUAUUAAAGGUGUGUCCACUGAUGUGAAGCAGGAUCCAUGGAAGUGAAUUCGUUUUUCAUGUUUACGAGCAGUUUUAGUACCCCCAUAUCACAUCACAAAACCACAUUCGUUCUGUAAAUUGAAUAAUGUAUAGAUUAUGUAUUGGGCUCAAAAGCAUCCUUUUCUACCACACGUUAUAAAUAACUCCAUUCCAUUGAACUGUGUGUGAAUUGUGUAUAACUAAUGGCUAGCCUCAACCUGAAUGCACAAGUGAACCACUGCUUCAAAAUUGUCCUAUCAAAAAGUUUUGCAGUAUCAGACUACGUGUUCCAACUUAGUCUCAUCCCGAUAAAUAGUUCUCCUUUCCCUCCCUUUGUUUAUGCCUUUUUUUUUUUUUUUUAAAUCCCACACGGCCAAAGUAAGUCCAAUGUAGCACGCCUUAAAUCAAUAUGAGAUUUGGAUAUCAAGUUCAUAUGGUUAGAUGGGCUGUAAAGACAUUGGGAGAUUUCUUUUCUUUUGCAGCCGCAGGACUGUAAAAGGUGACCAUGGCCAUAAACCUUUACAGAACUUAAAUAGAUGACUUGAUAUGGCUGCAGAGUCUUGUUAGAUGUAGGCCCAGAAGUAAAUAGUUACUUGGUUUACAAAGAAAUAUAUUUUAAUUGUUCUGUAUCUGUAAUCCAUCCUCUUCAAGUGUGUGUGUGUGCGUGUGUGUGUGUGUGUGUGUGAUAAAACAACACUAAUGAGCCUGUAUAAUAUUUCACUGCAGCACACCUGUCAUCUUCUCGCCGUAAUGAAAAUGAUAUAUGUUAUAUUACGCAGUAUACUGUAUACAUGAAUGUUCCAGAAGCUCUGUUAAAGUGCACAUGUGGGCUUGUCUGCAUGUUUCUUCACUUGUUGUAGCCUCGCCAUCAUUUCAUCUAUCACGACCCGAAGACUAUUUUUUCCUGUCCGAAAAACAAAAGAUGGCAGACACAUGAUUGAGUCAGAGAACGUUUUGAUUCAUGCCAGAAAUUUUACUGAAACUGUGACCUGUUUUAUGAGUUUUUCGAGGUACGCGCAGACAUUUUUUUUUUGCUUUCACUUGCAUGCCAAAAUCUGAGAUAUGAGCGCUGUAUGGUGGCAGUGAACUCAAUUCCUCCUUUUAGGGCUUUUGGAGAAAAUGUGCAUUUCAAAUCAGCUAUACAUAAACAACAUUUAGUAUGAAUAUUUACAGUUCACCGUCGUCCAAACUGAACUGUAUAUCGCUGC